CAGCAGCAGCAGCCAUCAGCUCCCAAACUUCACUUCAUCUCUUGCACAGCCACUCGAUUUCCUCCAACCAGGGAGGAGAGAGACCCCAGCCCUUGUCUGCGCUCAUUCCCAACGUGGAAAAGGGACAGGACAGACACCAUAUCAAUCCGACAGAUUCCAGCAAACCAUCACCCACGGAUCAUAAUUUCUCCAUGCCGAAUGCGUGUUAGAGAGCGCGCUCAGUGUGGCACACAUCAGGCUGCUUUAUUGCCAUAGCAGCGGCGCGAGCUGCCUGUAGCUGUACAGGAGCCUCAGCUAGCGACGGAACAAAGAACACGCACACAAAUAUAACCGUCUGCUGAGCAAACUGCUUCCCUGUUCUUUGAGGAGGAGAAGGCAAGACCCCGAAGACCAAAACUGACAUGAUGUUUCCACAAUCCAGGCACUCGGCUUCAUCGCAGCAGCUGAAGUUCACAACGUCAGACUCGUGCGACCGCAUCAAGGACGAGUUCCAGUUCCUUCAAGCACAAUACCACAGUCUGAAGCUCGAAUGUGACAAGCUGGCCAGUGAGAAGUCAGAAAUGCAGCGUCAUUAUAUCAUGUACUAUGAGAUGUCCUAUGGGCUGAACAUCGAAAUGCACAAGCAGCACCAGCAGCAGGUUCUGGGGGCGAUAGAGAGAGCCAAACAGGUCACCCCACCAGAGAUGAACUCCAUCAUCCAGCAGCUCCAGGCUCACCAGCUCUCUCAGCUGCAGGGGCUGGCCUUGCCCAUGACCCCUCUCCCUCUCGGCCUCAGCCAACCGGCCGGCCUCCCCGCCGUCACCUCCAGCUCCGGCCUCUUCUCCCUCUCCAGCAUCCUGGCCUCUCAGGCCCAGCUGGCCAAGGAGGAUAAGAGCACACGCGAGACCUCCGACAGCCACCGCGAGGAAGACGGAGACAAGUCCGACUAG